UUUUAUUCCAAAGUUUGGGCCAAAGGCUCAAAGCUGUGGUCGUUUCUUCACAAAGCAAGUUUUUAGGGAUUUUUGAAGAUAAGAAGAAGAAGAAAAACAAAAAAAUGCUUCAACUCUGCUCCACUUUCCGUCCUCAACUUCUUCUUCCUUGUCAAUUCCGAUUUACAAAUGGCGUUUUGAUUCCCCAAAUAAACUAUGUUGCAAGCAAUUCAGUUGUGAAUAUCCGGCCAAUGAUACGAUGCCAGAGAGCAAGCGGAGGAAGAGGAGGAGCUAAUAGAAGCAAACCUGCUAAGCCGCAAGUUAAAGAAGGAAGCAACAAAACAGUAAUCGAAGGUUUAGUAACCGAAUCGCUACCUAAUGGAAUGUUUCGAGUCGAUUUGGAGAAUGGUGACAACAUUCUUGGUUAUAUUUGUGGUAAGAUUAGGAAGAAUUUCAUUCGGAUACUCCCCGGUGAUAAAGUGAAAGUCGAAAUGAGUGUUUAUGAUUCUACUAAAGGUCGUAUCAUUUUCAGAAUGAGUAGUAGAGACUAAGAAGUAAGAAACUGAGAUCCUGUCAAUUCUUUUUUUAAGUUUAGGCAAGUUUGAUUGGAAACGAAUCAUGUAAUCGUACAGCGGAUUUCUAUAAGGCUUUUCUGGGAAGCUCGUUGUGUUCUUCUUCUCCUAUAAUCAUAACUAUAUUGAGCAUAUUGGCAUGUCUGUAUCCAUGGUAAGACUAUGCACCAUGAUUAGGUUUAUUUAUCGGUAAAAGAAAGUCUAGUGUUGUUGUCUUUGCGGUUUCCUAACCAGGAAGGCCUCUUGCGAACCGUUUGUAUGUACCGAAAGCUUUGUUUCCGAUCUUUUUACUUUGAUUUUUAAGUCGCGAUGGCUAUUGCGAGAUGAAAUUUUGGUUGAGUUUUCUAUCAUUGUCUAUGUUUUCACUUCUCAUAUAUGUUCUUCCACAUGUCAUAUUACUUGUGAAGGCAGACUUAAUUGUCUUAA